AUGAUGUCCAGGAACCUGCUGCUCAUCCUCCUGAUCUCCUGUGUCUGUGCAGGAGCAUUAGAGGUGAAAGUGUCACAGCCCCUCUAUCAGGCAGAGGAGAACUACAGCGUCACACUGGAAUGGAAGUUCACACCUGAACCUGACACAUCCAACAACUCUCUUUCUAUUGUCUGUAAGGAGACGACUGACCAGCAAGACUCAAAGAUUCUGUAUCAUCUAGAUGAAGGUAACGAGGGGUCAGGGUCUCAGUUUUCAGGACGAGUCCAGUGUGACAGAGACGUCCUCAGAGAAGGACGACUYAGACUUCAUGUGUCCAGACUCAGGACUGAAGACUCAGGACGGUACAAGUGUGGAGUCAGGACAACACAAGGCUGGGGUGCAGACAAAUGCAGACUGAAUGUCACUGCCACUGUUGCUCAGGAACCACAUACGACAACAACUGUGAGCCCAGAGCCAGAGAGUCAGAAAUGGUGGCUCGUCUUACUUCUUGCACUAGCAGAGAUAGUAGUAGUGAUGGUAGCUGCAGUUAUCUUUUGUAAACGUAGCAGGAAUCAAAAUAGUGGAAAGAGCAGCUGUGGGAAUGACAUUGCGACGCUGUGACAGAGACGCUUCUUC